AUGAAUUUAUUUGACAAGCGUAACAUGCGGAUGGCCACGAUGAGCCGCGCAGUUACAUUGGGUUUACACGUUUUUGGCAUCUGGCCUUACGUACCGUCUACCAUAUUGUUUCGAUUCUAUUGGAUCGUGGUGUUCAGCACGAUGCAGGUUUUUCAAUACCGAUACGUGAUAGUGAACGUACAUACGGACGACUUUUCGCAAUUCAUGGACGGAGUGAGUAGCGCACUGGCGUCUUCUCUGCUUUACAUCAAACUCGUUAUAUUGUGGGUCAAUCAACGAGUAGUUUUCGAUCUAUUGCAAAUGAUGACCACGGAUUGGCAAGACUACAACUCGAAUCGCCAUAAUUCAAGCGUGCUGAUGAAUACGACGAAUCUUGCACGCCGCACUUCGACGUGGAUCAUCGGCAUGCAAAUGGCUUCUGUAACUUGUUACAGUAUCGGUGUUCUCGCCGCUAACAUAACUAAUCCUGCGAGAAUGGAACCGUACGCGCGAGAACUUAUUCUCAAAAUGGAGUUUCCUUUUAACAUUAGUACGGAGUCUAUUUACUUGACGGUACAAUCGGUUCAGUUGUAUCAUCUGCUGUUGAUAGGCUAUUGCGUGGCAAUCGUAAAUUUAUUUUUGGUCAUUUUGAUACUUCAUGUCGGUGGCCAAAUCGACAUUCUUUGUGAAUGGUUGACAAACGCUUUCUCCAGACAUUUAACACAUUUAUCAGAAGAGAUUACAAUGCGCACAAUAAUCACAAAGCAUCAGCAGAUUAUUUUAUUUGCAGAAAAUAUUGAAAAUCUCUACACGUACAUUGCGCUAAUGAUACUUUUAUCAGACACGUUCAUCAUAUGUUGUUUAGGAUUUAUUAUUGUUAUCUCUCUUGAUGCGCCUAAUGCUGCUGCAAUUUUAGUCAAGUCUGUAUUAUUUUACAUCACGGUGAAUGUCGAAGCUUUUAUAUAUUGUGUCGCUGGCGAAUAUUUAAGCGCUAAGAGUAAGAUGAUCGGACAUGCAGCGUACCAUUCUGUUUGGUAUGAUUAUCCGACUACGGAGAGUCGAAUUAUAGUGUUCGUUAUUUUAAGAUCACAGAGAACACUGACAAUCACGAGCGGAAAGGUCAUGGACUUGUCAUUGGAACGAUUUACUAGUGUUAUAAAAGCAUCGGUGUCGUACUUAUCGGUUCUUUUAGCAAUGUACUGA